AUGAAGCUGAAGAGCGGUAAACUUUCACUUGCCAAAACCCGUCGACAGGAUCCCAUAGCUUCUUCGCCACAUUUACCAGCCGAAAUCCUGUUUCACAUCUUGAUUUUACAACCGCUAGUGACACAAUGGACUUGCCCUAACGCCUGCAGAGAGAUGAUGAAUGUCUUGCUCAGGUGCUGUCGUGUAGCAAAAGCCUGGUGUGAGGUCGCGAGGGAAAUUCUUUAUCGGUGUAUCCCACUGACUCAGGCCAAAUCUCUUCGCCUGCUUCUGCGCACGGUGUUCAGCGAACGCUUUGAUGGCAUUUGCCCUGCUCGUGCCCUCCAGUUCAGCCCUCGUUUUCCAACUCCCAGGCCUGACGACAUGCAGCUGAGGGAAUUUGCAGAACUCGCUGGAACGAUUGUUGUGCGCUGCCCAAAUCUGAUCUACCUGACAGGAGAUCAUAACUCCCUGCGCUUCACCAGCACAAGGCUUCCCCCCAAGUACCCAUUUUUGACGGGGCUCAAAGUAUCUGGGCAGGACUUACAACUCCUGGCCCCUCUCCUAGUUCAGCUAUCCAAUCUCGAGUUCUUCGAGAUGCACCAGAGCUAUGGUGAUGGCGAUGCCCUCGGACAUUCCUUUUCGCCGCCUACCUUCAAGCUUUCGAACAUAUCGAUAUCUCAGACAGCGUUAUCUCCCAGCCUGUGCAAAUGGCUAUUCUCAUCCAGUUCUCAAACCAUCGAGUCCUUGGAGGUGCAGGAAGUAGGCGCAAGCUUGUAUCAUUUGAUCGAGGUCAUUGGAGACUUUGUGAAGAAGCUCCACAUCAAACAGAUGUUUGAUAUGAUAGUAAGGAGCGACUUGGAUGCUAUCGAAGCACUGUCUGGGUUGCCGAGACUGCGAAGCCUUCGCAUCGACGGACGGGGUUUCAAAACAGAACCUUUGCUCAAUUUACAAUCAUCAUUAGAGGCAUUCGCGUUCUCCAACGCUGUCGCGUGUAAUGUCCAGGCCCGGCUGGAGUCGGGUUGGCAGCCCUCCUUACGGUCGCUAGAUAUGUACUGUGGGCCCGGGUUAUUGACCUUGUUGCCUUGGAUUCCGACCACGACUGAACAGAAGGAGGUUCGUGAGCUGGCGAUGGCUUGUGCCGUCCGCGGUAUCAAGUUAAACACGAUAUUUAUAUUCUAG